AUGCGACAAUUUAUUAUCAUUUCUCUUCUGUCCGUGGCUGGACUUGUCCAAGCCGAUAUGUGCACGUCCAGCUCGCUUCUUUCCUAUGUUACUGAUCCCGUUUGUAGCGCCUGGUGUCAUGUUAGGGUGAGUCGCUUGAAAAUCGAAAAAUUCCGAAAAAGAGCAGUUUUUAAUGUAUCGAAAAAAAGUUUCGUAAUCCACUAUUUCGUUUUCAAAACUCACUAAAAAGUGAAUAGAAAUCCCAGCCAAAAAAAAAAUGGAAAAUUCAUUCUCAAAGAUUAAAAUCAAUAAUUUGAAUAAAUAAAUCAUGAAAAUCAAAACUGGUUGCCUUCAAAGAAUAUUCCUGUGAUGCAAAAAUUUAUAAAAGAGAAAAAAUUUGGUGGCCUUUUUCGGAAAUUUUUGCUUACAAAAAAAUCAUUGAGAUGCUCUAUAGAAAUUUUUUUACAACUUACGUGAAAGAUUUCUAAUGGAACUUCAAACAUGAUAAUGAACAAAAAAAUGGCUUUUUUUCAGUUUUGUGGAUCCGGACAGUGUCGACCAGCUUCAAAUGGUGACUACCAAUGCUCAUGCUCUUUGUGCAACUCUGGCUCGUCCUAUUCUUCCAGCGACACUUACAACAAUCCCGGAAGUGCUGGAGGAGCUGGAAUGAACAACAACUACGGCAAUAAUUAUCCCUCGAACUAUCGCGGAUCUAACUACGGCAGCCGCGACCAGCAGUACUACGGCCAGCAGGGCGGCUACAAUAACGGAUAUGGAAAUGGCUAUGGCAAUGGUUACGGUAGCAGCGGCCAGAAUUUCGACCAGAAUUCGGGCUAUGGUUACAAUAAUGGAUAUAACAAUGGCUACGGCAACCAGCAGCGAGGCGGAUAUGGAAAUGCUAACCAAGGAUAA